GGUGACAAAGACAAACACACCGGCCGGUGAACGAGCGCCGAGCCAAAGGGGCCUGUGCUAAUUACAAUGCUGCAUCUGAGAUAGUUAUGCACACAGAAGUCCGGUCAUGCUAGUUACAAAAAUUGUGCUCAGACUUUUAGAGUGUUUCAGGUGGAGACAACUGACAACCAGCCUCAGCCACGCAAGUGGCUCUUGGUCUUAUCGCCCCGUGACUCAUAUAAAUCACGAACCACCUCGCAAAUUCUUAGGAAACGACGCUGAGACUGCCGAGAUUGAAGUGACGGAUUAAACGCCUGUUUGACCGGUGUUAUUUUGGCCCUGUGUGCUCGCAGGGAAAAGCCCGAGCGUUAUGGACGUUUUCCUUCAACAAGAAAUCCCACCAGAGUAUACUGGGGACAUUACACAACAGCCAAACGUAACUGCAGACUCGUAUCAUCGGUACAAGGAAGACGUAGCAAUGGCAGCCACCCUCAAGCUUCAAGUUUACAGGUUCUCUGUGUCAUGGCCUCGUGUCCUACCAGAAGGGGAUACCUCCAAAAUAAAUCAGGAUGGCGUCAACUACUACAACAAUCUUAUUAAUGAGCUCAUAAAGAACAACAUUCAGCCCAUGAUAACAAUGAACCACUUUGACUAUCCGUUGGCAACUCUCAAGAAAACUGGAGGCUGGGCUAACAAGGCUAUCGUCCCAGCGUUUAGAGAGUACGCAGACUUUCUCUUCAAAACCUUCGGCGACAGAGUGCGCCUGUGGACCACGAUUAACGAGGCCAACUACUACUGCAUGAACUUCGCCCUCCUACCCGUGCCGGGCUUGUAUACGCCCCAGGUCGGCGACGACUACAAGUGCGUCCACCACACGAUCCUCGCACACAUGGAGGCCUACCGCGUGUACGAGGAGAAGUACCGCAAGACCCAGGGAGGCAAGAUCGGAGCGGCCGCCCUGACGCUGUGGUGCCGCCCCAACUCCACCGCGUACGAGGACAUCCAGGCGGCCGAGCGCGGCAACCUGUUCGCCCUGGGCUCCAUCUACCACCCGGUGGUGUACGGCGACUACCCGACCGCCCUCAAGGAGCGCCGCGUCGCGCACUACAGCGCGCUGGAGGGCCGGUCGUCCUCCCGCCUGCCGAGCUUCACGGACGAGGAGCGCGCGCGACUCAAGGGCAGCGCCGACUUCCUCUGCUUCAACGCGUACAUGGGCACCACCGUGGCGGACGGCACGAAGCAGCCGCGGCCAGCGGGCGGCGGCACCAUCCAGUCCGACCGCGACGCCGCCGAGGUCGCCAGCGACACGAGGCCGGGCCACUUCGGGGACUUGUUCAUGCGGGCAAACCCCUGGGUGCUGAGGGACGCGCCGCUCUGGAUCCGCGACAACUACAACAACACGCCCCUCUUCAUCACGGAGAACGGCUGGGCUGACGAGCGAGGCAAAGCUGACCCCAAGUCUGACCCCCUCGACGACGAGCCCAGGGUCGGCUACCACAGCGUAUACCUGCAGGAGCUGAUCCGCGUCGCCACGGAGGAGAACGUUAACGUAAUGGGCUAUCUAGUCUGGAGUCUGAUCGACGCCUUCGAGUGGACGGCCGGUUACACACGAAAGUUUGGUCUUGUGCACGUGGACUACGAAAACGGCUCACUGAAUCGGACCAUCAAAAAAUCGGCAUGGUUUUUCCAAGAGCUUGGCACCAACAGAAGAGUGCCAAAGGUACCUUUCACAUUCGUUCCUGGCUCCAGUACAGGAGCUGGAAGCAAAGCAAUACCAAUGCAUUACGCUAUGCCUUUCCUCUUCGUUUUUGGAUUAAGUUGCUUGCACGGACUGGAAAUAAACAUUUGAUCUAAAAAAACUGUGAUUGAUUAUUCCUCGCAAAGAAAUGUAUGUAGUUAGUUUGCUAAUCCAAAAAGAUCUAGUAUUUAUUUGAUUGAUUGAUGCUAAACGCGUAUAAAAUCUUAGUGAUCGUUCACGUGAAAAGUAAAAUGCGAUUUUCACCAAGAGAAACCUUAA